AUGGUGACAGUUAAUGAGAUCCGCCAGGCACAGAGGGCUGAAGGCCCUGCAACUGUCUUUGCAAUUGGCACGGCUACUCCUCAAAACUGCGUCGAUCAGAGUACUUAUCCGGAUUACUAUUUCCGUAUCACAAACAGCGAACACAAAACCGAGCUCAAAGAAAAAUUCCAGCGCAUGUGUGACAAAUCUAUGAUUAAGAAGAGAUACAUGCAUUUGACAGAAGAGAUUCUGAAGGAGAAUCCUAGUAUGUGUGAGUACAUGGCACCUUCAUUGGAUGCAAGACAGGACAUGGUGGUUGUGGAAGUACCAAAGCUAGGAAAAGAGGCUGCAACAAAGGCUAUCAAGGAAUGGGGUCAACCUAAGUCUAAGAUUACUCAUCUCAUCUUUUGUACCACAAGUGGUGUGGACAUGCCUGGUGCCGACUAUCAGCUCACCAAGCUCUUAGGGCUUCGUCCGUAUGUGAAGCGUUAUAUGAUGUACCAACAAGGUUGUUUUGCUGGUGGGACGGUGCUUCGUUUGGCUAAAGAUUUGGCUGAGAACAACAAAGGUGCCCGUGUGUUGGUGGUUUGUUCUGAGAUCACUGCAGUCACAUUCCGUGGGCCGAGUGACACUCAUCUUGAUAGUCUUGUGGGACAGGCGUUGUUUGGAGAUGGUGCGGCAGCUGUGAUUGUUGGUUCAGACCCGUUGCCGGAUGUUGAAAAACCGUUGUUUGAACUGGUAUGGACUGCACAAACAAUUGUUCCAGAUAGUGAAGGAGCUAUCGAUGGUCACCUUCGAGAAGCGGGUCUGACAUUCCAUCUUCUCAAGGAUGUUCCUAGCCUCGUCUCAAAGAACAUUGAGAAAGCUCUUGUUGAGGCUUUUCAACCUUUGAAUAUCUCUGAUUACAAUUCCAUCUUUUGGAUUGCGCAUCCAGGUGGACCAGCAAUUUUAGACCAAGUUGAAGCUAAGUUAGGCUUAAAGCCAGAGAAAAUGCAAGCCACUCGACAUGUACUUAGCGAGUAUGGUAACAUGUCAAGUGCGUGUGUGCUAUUCAUCUUAGACGAAAUGAGGAGGAAGUCAAAAGAAGACGGACUUGCCACAACCGGCGAGGGGCUUGAAUGGGGUGUGCUUUUCGGUUUUGGACCUGGCCUCACUGUCGAGACAGUUUUGCUCCAUAGCGUGGCCACCUAA